CGGAAGCCCUAUAGAAAUAGAUAUGAGGUUGCUUAUAUUCAUUCCACUGAAAACUUAUCGUGUUGUUUUAAAAUUCUUUGGCAUUAUGAGCUAGUUUUUCUCGCCUUUUUGUGAUAGAAGAUUGUAACAAAAAAAUACCGAAUGUUUUAAAAAUGAAGUAAAAAUCUAAGUAGGUAGGUAAUUUAUGGUACGGUACUGAUGGGGCUCUCAACUAAAAUAAUAAAAUCUAUAGGCAGAUCUUGGAGGAGUAACGUAUUCACUUAGCAAUAAAAUCAUUAAAUUGCAAUAAAAAGGCUGAAAUGAGGGUGCCGAAAGCCGUUAAUCCCAGGAAACGGCUUCAGUUGUUGAAAAAGUUUGGUAUUUAUGAAAAAGUUUUACCUGUAGAAACAACUCCAAGUCGAGUUGUACCAGAUACCAUUGAAAGACCUGAUUAUUUAGCUAGAGGAAAACAAUUGACCUUACCAUGUUUACCGGAGAUUAAAGAUGAUAAUCAAUUGAACGGAAUGAGAACUAGUUGUAAAUUGGCUUCUACUAUUCUAUCACAAGUACAAAAUUUUAUAAAGCCUGGAGUUACAACAGAUGACAUUGAUCAACUAGUCCAUUCGUUAAUAAUUAAAGCUGGAGCAUACCCUUCACCACUUCAUUAUAAGGGAUUCCCAAAAAGUAUUUGUACAUCUGUCAAUAAUGUGGCUGUGCAUGGUAUUCCUGAUCUAAGGCCACUGUCUGACGGGGAUAUUGUCAAUGUUGAUAUAACAGUAUUUUUACAUGGUUUUCAUGGCGAUUGCUCAAAAACUUUCAAAGUUGGUAAUGUAGACAACAGAGGUCUACAACUAGUUGAAAUCACCGAGCAAUGUCUUGGAAUCGGAAUCGGAACAUGCGGGCCAGGAGUACCAUUCAGUGAAAUCGGCGCCAGCAUUCAAAGGCACGCACGUAAAAAUGGCCUCACUGUUAUACCAUCGAUUGUGGGUCAUGGAAUUGGACAGUAUUUUCAUGGGCCACCAGAUAUUUAUCACAUAAGAAACCGUUAUCCAGGAGUAAUGAAAGCAGGAAUGACAUUUACAAUAGAACCAGUCGUUUCACAUGGGACUCAAAAUACUGUCUUAUUAGAUGAUGGCUGGACGAUUUUAACAGAGGACGGAUCGAGAACAUCUCAGAUCGAACAUACCGUAUUAAUUACUAAUGAUGGAGUAGAAAUCUUAACGAAAUGAAUUAUUAACGUUUUGAAGAUUAAAUUAUACAGAUUAUUUAUUGUUAACAUUAGUAUGGUUAAAAUGUAGCACAAAAUAAUAUAAUUCAAUGUCGGAAUGAUAAUUUAAACAAAGAUGAAUAAUAAUUGAGAAAGGCCCUAGUAGAAUAGGCCAAAUUAAUAUUGGAGUCAAAAUAUUAAAAAAA